ACAACGAAUUGGCAUCUUCUUCUCUCCCAUACUCCGUAUACAAGACGAUCAUCCUCCGCCAUAUUGGCAUACAACUCUUCCUCCACUUGAGGGUCCUCAGCAUCGUGUGCCAUAGAAUUUUGGGUGCAUCCAGCUUCUUCAGGGUUCUCGGGUUCAUGUAUACAAAUGCAGCUUGAUCCAGAAUGUUCCCCCACCCCAACCACGAAGUUGAUGCCAGAGAACGCUCAUUCGGCUGGCAAACUCUCAGGGCAGGAAGGUCGAAUUCGAAGCCAAAGAUUGAUAGCACUAUACCCAAUAUGGGGGCGGUCAAAGGCGGCAGAACGCACGGAUCAACGUUCGUCAAAGUGGUUAUUUACGGUUCGUUGUAAUUUACGGUGAAAAAUCUAUUUUUAUUGAAAAU